GAUGUUCCCGCCUUUCCCCCUUUCCUCCUGACAGUCCUGUUACGCACUCCCAGGCCCCCUCGGAGGGAAAUACUUCAUACUUUGCAGGAAGAGUACUUUGCUGUUCAACAGUGAAUCUCAUUGAUUUCAAUAACAUGGAUGAAUUGCAAGAUGUCCAGUUGACAGAAAUUAAACCCCUCCUAAAUGAUAAGAAUUCAGCUCGAAACUUCCAGGACUUUGACUGUCAGGAGCAUGACAUCGAGACAGCUUAUGGAGUUGUCCAUGUCACUAUGCGGGGCACUUCAAAGGGAAAUCGACCAGUCAUCCUUACAUAUCAUGACAUUGGCCUCAACCAUAAGUCCUGCUUCAACACUUUGUUCAAUUUUGAAGACAUGCAAGAAAUCACACAACACUUUGCUGUGUGCCAUGUUGAUGCACCUGGACAACAAGAGGGGGCUCCUCCUUUCCCCUCUGGAUACCAGUAUCCUAGUACUGAUGAACUCGCUGAAAUGCUUCCUGCUGUUCUUAUGCACCUGAGCUUAAAAAGUGUAAUUGGAAUAGGAGUUGGGGCUGGUGCUUAUAUCCUCAGCAGGUUUGCGUUGAAUUAUCCAGACUUGGUAGAAGGCUUAGUGCUAAUUAAUAUUGAUCCAUGCGCAAAAGGUUGGAUAGAUUGGGCAGCAUCCAAGUUUUCUGGGUGGACAACUAACCUUGUGGAUAUUGUUCUGGCCCACCAUUUUGGUCAUGAAGAAUUGCAGGCUAAUCUUGAGCUAAUCCAGACAUACAGGCUUCACAUUGCACAAGACAUCAACCAGGAAAACCUUCAGCUCUUUGUCACCUCCUAUAACAGUCGUAGAGAUCUGGAUAUUGAAAGACCAAUCUUGGGUAUGAAUGAAGAAGCAGUAAAAACACUCAAGUGCCCUGUCUUACUAGUAGUUGGAGACAGCUCUCCUGCAGUCGAGGCUGUGGUUGAAUGCAAUUCACGUCUGGAUCCAAUAAAUACAACACUCCUAAAGAUGGCUGAUUGUGGGGGAUUGCCCCAAGUUGUCCAGCCUGGGAAACUAACUGAAGCUUUCAAAUAUUUUGUGCAAGGAAUGGGUUACAUCCCUUACAUGCAGCUCAGUCACCUGAACACUGAGUCAGUGCCAUCCGCAAGCAUGACCAGGUUGAUCCGUUCCCGGACCCAGUCAUCCUCAAGUGUAGGUUCGGGAGAAAGCACUCAAGCACGGUCUCAGGCCAACAACCUGAGGGAGGUAAACACUGGAAAACCUGAAACUACUGAAGUUCAUGGCAAUCCUCAGACUAUGGAAGUAUCCUGCUAAGCAAGCGUGUGAAUCCAGACCAUUCCUUUUCUCUCUUUCUGCACUCAUUCGACAAGUGGCAUUAACAGGUUUUUUUCCCCUCAUUAUACCUGCUAACUUUUCACCUGUCUCUUUGGUGUUAUAUUUAGUUAUGUUUGUACAGAAACUUUGGCUGCCUACAGAUGUACCUAAAAAUAGCUGCUGGGGGUACAGGAGUUAUUUUUGAGCUCUGAUUUUCUUUGCAGGCUCUAGAUCAAAAGCUGGGUCUCCUCUCUUGCCUUUCCCCCCUCCCCCCAAGCAGGCUGCCCAUUUUGUUUUAAUUCCUUCCACCUUUCCAUCACACCUUCAUAUUUAUCUGCUUGAAAUAUUUGGUGCUCUUUUAAAGGUGUUCCCUGGUGUGAUGGUGGUGGUUUUGAUUUCUUGAAAAUGGCUCUUUGGUUCAGCCAGUUAACUCUGUGUGCAGAACCUUGCUCUAUAAAGGGGAAGGGGGAGAAAUAUUUCAUGGGUGAUGCAAGGGCUUGCUAAUUAAUGCUGUAUAAAUCCAAAUUUAGCUUUCUCUCAGUUAAAUAUGGAGAAAAUAAUGUGUGUGUCAUAAAUGUGGUAAAUGCGCUUCCACAGUGGGCUUGCCACUGAAAUUGUAUACAUCUGUAUGCAUCCAUUAACUGCUAACAUCCAUUGGUGUUAGGCAAGAUGAAGAUGCCGUCAUUUCCCCUGGCCUCCUGUGCUAUCAAGUCAUCUGAGAAUAGUGUGUCUCUCCUGUCUUCUUGAAAUUCAGAUGAUCAUUUUUGUGGGGUUUUUUUUACUUAGAAUUACUUUCUAGUGUGAUUCUGCUGAAAGGUGUUAAGGCUCUUGACUGCAGUCCUAACAGUGUCUUUGGAGUUCUGGUUAAAGAGAACGCCUUUGAUUCAGAACUCCAAGAGUGGAUCUUGAAUUCUGUUCUACUCUUGAGGAGAUCCUAACAUAAUCCAUAAGUUGUACAAGAGUUAUAUUUUUCAUAGCUGAGCGGGGGAAAGGAAGGUCUUUCCUGCUGGUUUAUUUAGCAGCAUUUCUCAAUAGGACAAUUAGAUUACAGAAAGAAUGAGGUAUCUAGCCAGCUUAAUUCCCAAUAAGGAGAGUACCACUAUUCAGCUGUGAAUAAAGGAUUUACAAACUAUAAAAUAGCCAAAGUUGCAUUAUAGUGGAUUUAGAAAUAGAGCCAGAUGAUAUUUAGGGUAACCCCCACCACCCUAUACCAAUUGUUCUUGAAGUUGAAAACAAAUUCUGAAGUUGAAAACAAGGUACUAAGCUAAAUGGCUUAAUUUUCACAACUGUUCAGUUACAGUAACUUUCACAAUAAAUUAUGCAUCCUUUAUAAUUUCUAAAGGGAAUUAAAUGCAAUGGUUCAGAAAUAUAUCUGUAAUUAUUGAAAUAAGAUAAAUUCUAUUCUAAUGAACAACUUAAUUUUAAAUUCCAGUUUUGAAGUAGUCAAGUGAGUAAGAAGACAGUGGUAUGCAUGUUGACUCUAAAGGAAACCUCAUUGAGCUUAAUGGGUUUCCUUCCCAUCUAAGUGUGUAUGCAGAUUAAUCUUGCCAAAUAAUCUUGAAUGAAUACAUAUAAAAUGGCGAAUUAUUCAUUCUGUACUUGCCAGACUAGCUCAACGGUGAUUCAUUAUAAUCCUGAUUCUGUAUCUGUGAAAGACCGUGUAGUUCUUUAUAUACAUUUUCCCUCCACUCUUUUGGUUAAAACUAAUAUUUUACUAUUGACUAUACUAGCCCAAAAAAUUAUUCUGUUCACUUAGGAAGAUAAUACACACACACACACAGACCAAACAUAUAUGCGUGCACACACACACAAAUAUAUAUGAUUUGUAUUCUGGUGGAAAUAGAUUAAAGUUAACGAUUAAGUGCGCUAAGAAUCAUGCAGUUUGCAGUUUAUGGAAAUAACUUAAAAAUCUGAUUCACUGGGAUUUCAGAAUACAAUUCUGAAUAGAAUAUAGAAUAGAAUUAGCUCAGGAUUUCUGAAGUCAUAGCUAGUUUUGUAGCCUUUCUCUCAAGGAGAUGCAUUACUAAAAUAAAAGGGAAAUAUCUAAACUGAAAUAUUUGUUCUACUUAGGUCAUAUAAGACUAUUGUGUUUCAUUUAAACACUAGUUAGGGGAAUGCUUUGAUGUACUUUACAUUGUAAAAGCGUGCUCUGCUUAUGGCCUGUAUGUAUAUGUGUAUGUAUGUAUCUGUGUGCUUGUGUAUGUGUGUGUACAGACACACACACACACAUACACACUCCAUGGAAUGAUAUUAAAUUUAAUUCCAUGCUCCUGGUAGAUAUGGGAAGUUUUUGCCACGAGAAUUAGGAAGUUCUUUCAAAUUAGAAAGUUUGUUUUCUUGAAUUCAGAAUAAUUUUGUUUUUCUGCUUUUACCUGGGAAACAGAAAAUCUAUGAUCUGUUAGACAGUGAGAUUGCUGCUAUUGGGAAGAGAAAUGCUGCUGCAUUUUUCAUGAAACUAUGGCAGAAUAUCUACUUUUUACUGUUGCACAUUUGUUUAUAAGGCCAAGAUCUUUAGGAGAUGUCAGAUUCAGUUCUGUUUCAGGUAGAAGAAGGGACUAAAAGAUUUUGCCAGGGGGAAAAUUCAAACCAGUUAAAUAAAGUAUAAUCAAUUUUCAUUGUUAA